UGUUGCUGCGUACUGUAUUUUUUACAGCAGUGAUUUUUAACUGUUUUACUCAACCACUGAACCACUGCUAUUGUAAUUGCAUAGUCGUUGCUGUUUUAAGAUGGCAAAAAUAAUUUACAAGAAGUGGGGAAUAGUAAAAAAAAAAAGACAAACAGCACUUUAGUUGAAUUUACUGCCUAUAGUAGUAAGUGCCUAGAAGGAAUAAAGCCAAAAUUCUUUGUGUAGGACCAUACUGAAUUCCAUUUUUUUCCCUUUGCUUAUUUGCAUCAUGUUGAAUUGCAUCAUAUCGCAAGAAAUUGCACCAUAUUGUGUCGGAUUGCAUUGAUUUGAACUACAUGAUUAUCGUAUAUCGCAUCGUAUUGCCAGAAAAUUUAAUGUAUCGUUAAAGUAUGCUAUAGUUGGCAGUGCAUAGUACUGUGUAUCGAAUCAUCCUCAGUGCUGAGAUUCACACCCCUUGUAUAUCAAGGGAAAUUAGUAUUUUAAACAAUAACAAAAAUACAAUGCACAAAUGUUUCAGACAAACAUAACCUCAAAUGACGGCACUAUCAACAUUUGAAUAGGUGGUAUUGGAAGAAUCCAUAUUUGGGUAAUAGCACCGUCACUAGUACCGACGAGUAUGGUAUUGUAUACAUAUAGUACUCACUUUUGCCAGUGGAAACGUUAAUUUGGUGUUUUUAAAAUGAAAAGUGUUUCAUAUUCGGGUUACUUGGAAGACACUUUUAAAAAUUAACCUGUAUUUUUUAGUUUUGUGUUUUGUUAUGGUUUGUGGUUUAGUCUUUAGUUUAUAUUAUGUUACUAUAAUAGCUGUCAUUCAAAUACAAAGAUCUUUAUGAUGUAGCCUAUACAUACGGUAUGUGUGCUUUUAUUUAUUAGCAAUACGUGUCAUUUGAUUGGCCACAAACAUCUUUGAAGUAAAAGAUGAAAAUGAGUCAGAAAAAUGAGCAGCAGGAAACAAAAGUGUUUCUGGAUGACAAUUUUUGACCAAAACGAGCAACAAAUUACUUGGAUGCUGCUUUAUCUUACUGUUUUUUUUGUUUUUUUUUGCAUAUUUUAAUAUAUGUAUCUUGUAGUAUAUUGCUUAGUUAACGUUGUGUUCUUACGACGGGUUAUUGUUUUUGUAUUUUAUUUGUAUUUUGGAGCAACGUGUGACUGCAGAGUUCAUGUGUGAACAAGAUGCUCAACUUUCUCUUGCGGUGCGUGUCUCCAUUGUUGAUGGUUGCAGCUCUAACACAGGCUGUUGAAAGCCAACAGGUUCCAACAGAUCCAGAGCCCUCAGCGCCACUUCCUGUUUAUCCCUCAGUCAGCCUCCAGGUGCUCAAUGUGGACCAUGUCCUUCUGAGGCAGGACAGUCCUGGGUCGCAGGGGAACUCCAGUCUGAAGACUCAAACUCAGACAUUCCUCAUCACUGAUCCAGGUCCCUGGGGCCUCCAGCCGGCUCUCAACGCAUCAUACGGACCGCUGACCUUGAAUGCCCCCAUUGCACCAGACCUGCUCCUUCGAGGCCCCAAAAUCCUGCCGUUCAUUUUAAGCCGCCAGGUUCGCUCCCCGUUGCCGGUUGUUAAGAUCCUCUUCCACAUGCCUGGAGAAGGUGAGGUCGGGAUGAGAAAAGAAAAGGACGAAGCUCACUGUGUCACGGCGUACGCCUUUUGGGGGACGAGGGAAGUCCGCGGGGCAUGUCUGGUGUCUCACGGUGGCUUCUGUGUGGCGCAGCUAAGACCAGAACCAGCAUGGUUCAACGCGGUCACUCAAGAGAUGGUAAGAGGUGACUCCACAAAGGGGCUCCAUGGGAACGUUGUGGAGGUCUACUUCCAGAGUCGAAGGGAUCGGACCAGACUGUGUGUGCCUCAGGAUAGCCUGCAAAGAUUUGGGAGAGGCGGGGCUCGCGAUGGGACAGGAACGCCAAUGAGAAGGAUAGGAAGCGUGAAGCUGCUUCAAGGUCCACCUGGGAAGCCUCCUUUUUUGCGCCUAAACCUGGGGGGCGCUAUGAUGGUGCAGACUUCCCCCAAGCCCCUGAAGACUAACGAUACGGCGACUUUUAACAUCUUCCUGACAAGCCCGUCCACUUUGGAGAGUUUCACACUCAGGACAACAGCGAAAUCAGGACUGGUGUUCAGCACGGUGCGACCCAGUGACGGGGCAUUAUGGGAUGUCAAGGUGGAGCCCGGCAGAGUCGUCAUACCCAACACCGUGUCUUUUAUGUGCCGGCGGAAGGUCCUCACUGCAAAGAGGGGUCUUGUGGAGGUUGUCCAAGUGGACUUUGUGGUAAAGGACGUCUCAGAGCAGGCCGAGGCUCACGUUAUCUCCUGGCGACUGGAUCAGCCGGGGAACGUCAGGAAUGAGGGCCAGAUGCAGAUCUAUACCAGCCUCAGAGAGUAUGCGGGGCUGGCCCCUCUGGUCAUGAGCUCCAACCUGUUGAAUACUGCAGCAUUGACUGGUAAAAUGGUGAAAGUACCUGUGAAAACUUUUGCUGUGUAUGCCGACGGCUCCGUCACCGACGUGAGCAGCUUUGCCACCUGCAGGUCCACCGACCAAGAGGUGCUGAAGGUGUCUGAGCGCUGCGACUACCUUUUUGUGACGGGCAGGGAGUCCAGAGGGAAGCGCAGACUGUUGAUCAAAUUCAUGCACACUUUUCUGAGCGCGCAGCUGGAGAUGAGCGUCUGGAUACCCCGACUGCCACUCACCAUCGAUGUGGCCGACCCUGAACUCAACCAAAUCAAGGGCUGGAGAGUUCCCAUUACAACCAGCAACCACAAGCCCAUUUGGAAUAGCGAAGAGGAGGAGGAGGAGAUGAGGAAAGGCAGGGGUUGCAUGCUGCAGUUUCAGCACUCCACACUCAGGGUGCUCACACACUUUGUGGCCGAGGCCGACUUGGACACGCUGCUAUCCGGGGGGAAGCCUGUUGAUUACCUCCUCGGUCCUGAUUGGCAGGUGGACGUGACCAAUCUAGUGCGCUAUACUCUAAAAGUGGCGGACCCAGAGGUGGCCAGGGUUCAGCACAGAGCGGUGCUACAAGGGCGGGCUGUGGGCCGCACCACUGUGCAGGUGAUCUCCCCCCUCACAUCGUCGGUCCUGGCCGAGAGGAGCGUCACAGUGGUGGACGAUAAAGUCAGCGUUACGGAGCUGGGGGUGCAGCUGGUGUCGGAAUUCUCGCUGUCCCUGCAGCCCAGCCCGGCCAUUAACAGUGCCAUCAUUGCCAUGGCAACUAUCCAAGAGACCGUCAUGCAGGUUAAUCAGGAAGCCUUCGUCAGCUGCUGGGUCCAAUUCAGCGACGGCGCCGUCGUCCCCCUGACCAUCUUCGACCGCAGCGUCUACUCCCUAAGUGUCACCACGCCGGACGAGGCCGUGGCCACCGUCCGACGCAGCCCGCUGUCCACGUUUGUGGUGGCGCGGGGCGAAGGCGGUGGAAAAGGGGCGCUGGUCAACGUGGAGCUGCGGAUCAGCGAGGAAUGCCAGAAGUCCAGGAGGAAGAGCAAGCUGGCAGUCGGCACGGGACUGUUGCGGAUCGACUUCCAGGGCAGAGGCCCGGCCGGUGUCGAGACAAAUAACGGGGGUGCGGCGGAAAUGGUGGGAGAAGUGAAGUCGACGGUGACGACACGUCAGGUGCCGACUGAAACGAGCACAUUGUUCAGCACCACGGUGCAGUCGGAUGUCGCUCAGACUUCUCAGCUGACGGUCACGCCUCCGACAGUUGAAAGCUCCUUGAGUACGACCAAACGUAGCGAUACCACACUUGGGGUGUUUGAUAAAGAAGAAGGACAGAAGAGGAACUUUGGCAACAUGCUGGACAACCCAAAUUCCACGCCAAACAAAGCGGACGUUGCAUCCAAGCAAGAGCCUCCUAAAUCCCCGAAAUUCAUCGAAAGCGACCUAAUACGCACAUUUCGAUCCUUGUCCGACUUGGAAAUCUGUAUUUAUUCCUUGGUGGGGGUGUUGUGUAUCGCCAUCUUUGGUUUUUUGCUGAACUGCGCAUCCCAUCGGUUCUGUUUCCGCAAUCAAAAAACCCCCAAAAAUCCUCCGGGGGUGGCACCCCCUCAAGUGUCAACGCUCACCCGCAGCACCCCGAGAACCCUGCCCGCUGUCAACCACCCCGCCGCCGCCGAAAGAACCGCCACCUUGGGCCGCAGCCGAACCAGCUCCCAGCAGCACCUGCACAGGAAGGUGGUGGACCCCAUGGCCAACCGCUCAGCCACCCUGCUGGCCAGGCCGCACCGCAGCGAGCCCCUGCACUCGCCCACCAGUAAGAGGAACCAGGUGCAGCUCACCACCUUCACCACGCUGGACAUCAAGCACUUGGCGGCGCUCAAGAAGAACGGCGUGGACUUUCACUGGACCAAUCAGCAACUGCAAGCGCAGCAGCAGCCGCCACCACCCCCGCCGCCGCCGCCCCCUGUUGGGCCCCAGAUCCCAUUACCUGACAUGCCGUGGCCUGUUGUUAAACCCCUUGGAGAGACUCAGUAGUGUUUAUCCACGUGAAAACCAUUUCUAUACUCCUACUAUGAAACACAUGCCGAUGCAGUAUACGUGGGAGAUAUUAUUUUUUGGAAGUAAUGUCUUCUCUUUCUUUUUCAAGGUUCCUAAGAAUACUGAUGGACUUUGUCCAAUUGGCUACAUUUCUUAUGUUCUUUUUAGCAAUAUAAUGUACAUGAAAAGUAUGUGUUGGAAAUGUAAUAUCUGCCCAUGAACCUGAUUCUUUUAAAAAAAAUAUAUAGUGUAUGUAUUUAUACCACUUUGGGGACAAAGCAUGGGUUUUCAAAAUGUGAGAGAGUGAGACUCCCCUUAAACAAUUUCAGGCAUGUUGGCUAUUCAAAUUCCAGUAAAGGUUUUUAAGGACAGGGGUAAUGUGUUCACAGUAGCGGAGUUCUGAAUAUAUUGCAGUUUAUUAAGGGUUUUGGAUGUUGUACCAUACAGAAUACUGUUACAGUAGUCGAUCCUGGACGGGAUGAAUGCAUGGAUCAGGGAUUCAGCGGCAGAGAACGCAAGUGAUGGACGGAGUCAGGCUUUGUUCUUAAGAUGAAAAAAAUGCAUUUUGUGAUGUUUUGGAGACCAAUGAUGAUAAUAUUUGUUUUGUCACUGUUGAGUUUGAGGAAGUUGUGUUCCAUUCAAGUUUUGACGUCGGUUAAGCAGUUGGUGAGGGUGGAGUAGAUGUUGGAGUUGAUGGAGGUGGUGGAGAUGUAUAACUGAAUAUCAUCCGCAUAGCUGUGGAAACUGAGGCCAUGAUGACGGAUGAUGUUACCAAGUGGGAGGAUGUCGAGGAUCAAGAGGAGAGGACCAAGCACCGAACCUUGGGGAACACCUUGAGGUCAAGGGGCUAUGGAGGAGGAGCAGCUACCGUUGACAAUCUGUGAGGUAUGACUGGAAGCGAGACAGUAGGAUAGAGUGGCUGAUGGUGUUAAAAGCUGCGGUGAGGUCUAGGAGGAUGGAAAGAUGGCCAGAGUCGGAGGAGAGAAGUAAUAUGUCUUACGUUUGAGUUAUUUUGCAAUAAAAACACUUCAUUUAAGCAACAGAGCGUCACAAUUGAAAAAAUGAUUUGGAACAUAUCAUGUAAGACUAAAAGCAAUUCUUCCUCUUUAGUUAUCUGGAGUGCAUUACUUUGCUGCUAGAGUGCAGGAAAUAACAAGUGCAAACUCUACUGCAUUUUUUGUUCCUCAGGGUAGGGGUGUCCAAACUUAGCCACUCGUUGGUCUUUUUUCCACAUCCUAGUUGUUUUUUUUCAUUUAUUAUAUUAUUAAAUAUAAAAUAAUAUAUUCAAUAUUAUAUAUUAAAUAUUUAUAUUUUGUAAUUAAAUAAACUUUUCCUCUUAUAUUAUGACCUUAUUCCCAAAAUAUUAGAACAUUUCCCCAACCUAAUUUUACCAUUGUUGUUUAUGACUUAAAAUAAAAUAAAUAUAUUUUUAAAAAAUUAUAUAUUAUAUAUACAAAUAUAUACAAAAAUUUUAAACUUGAUUUUGUUUAGUUUCUCAUCAUAUGACUUCAAACGAAUGUAUUUUUCCUCUCAUAUUUCAACUCUGUACUACUAAAAUGAAUUUUUUUUUAAUCACAUUACGUGUUUAUUCCCGUAAAAUUGUGACCUUUUUUAAAUUUAGAAGAUGAUGUUUCUCUCUAAUAGUUUGACUUUAUUCUUGUCAAAUCACAGCUGAUUUGUCCAUUUCGCUUGUUUUUUUUCUUGUUUUUAAAAAUGUAUUCCUAACUAUUUCAACUUGCUUCUUGAAAAUGUUCUUCUAGUAAUGUUAUGACUUUAUUUGCAUAAUAUCCCGACUUUAUCCCCAUAAUUUUAGAACGUUUUCCUUUGCGAUGAAAAAUUAUGUAUUUUCCUCAUAAUAUUGCAAUCUUAUUCUUUUUUUAUUCUUACUUUUUCUUGUUAGAAUACAACUUUUUGGUCUAUGUAUUUGACUUAUCAUUCUCAUAAUAUAUUAUUUUUUUGCAACCCAAAUUUGCAAAAAUUACAAGUUUAUAAUUUUUUUCCUUUUAGUACCAUGACUUUAACAAAAUAACGUAUUUCUGUAAUAUUUCAGCUUUAUCUUACUACAAUAUUAUUUUUCAUAAUAAGAAGCUAUUCUCUUAAAAAAUAGUACUUGUAUUUUGUUUGACUCCAACUAUUUUUCCUCUUAAUCAUUUUAAUUUAUUUUUUUCAAAUAAUACUGCUGAUUGUGCCACUUUUGCUGUCAUUUUCUUACUAAACUAUAUUUUUGGAAUGUGCUACGGGCCAAUAGAAAAACAGCCACGUGCCACAAAUAGUCCAGAGGGUACACUUUGGACACCUCUGCCUUCAGGGAAUUAUUAUUUUUAUUAUUAAGUUCUUAAUACCGCUUGUUGCUAUAAUCUAGUCUAUUUGUCUGCUACUAGACUGUGGGAUAAAAUCAAGGCACUUUUUGUUGUUGUUGUUAGCAGUGCAUCCCAAAGCUACCAUCCUCUCACUGAAUUUGUGUGCUACGAGAGUGCAGAAAAUAACCACAUUCAAACUGUGUUGCUUUGCAUUAAAAGGGCAUACUAAUAUACUGUAGACUGACUGAGUUAGUCUGCUACUAGAGUGCAGGAAAUACAUGGACAUGAUACUCUCUGUGGUGGGUUAUGGCUUCCAUUUUGAAAACCCCUGCUUUGGAGAAAGAAAUCAAAGAAUAAUAAUGAUCUUUUCUAUGUACAUAGAGUAUAAAUAUAUCAAAGCCUUUUAUCAUGUAGCAGUUUAUAUUAUUUUGAGAUGAAAAUGUUACAUGUGCUUCCUUGCUGAUAUUGCCAAUAAAUGUUUUUUUUUUUAUAAUGCA